AUGUUGCAAGCAGUCGACGACACCAACGACAGCAAUGAUGAUGGCCUCAAUCAAUCAUUUAUGGCCCAUUCCGCAAUAGCAACAAUAACAACAACAACAGCAACUGCGCUGCCCUCCAACAGCGCCGAGCUCCUCCUGCUCCACAAUGACAAAUUUGUAGCUCGAAUCGCUCACAUGCUGAACAUAAGCAAGGAAAACCUAACGCAGCUAAUGCUCCGCGAAGCAACAAAUAGCACCACCAGCGGAGUCGAGUCCACCGAUGCGGGCGAGGAGUCGCUGGCCAUCCUCAUAGCACUGACCAUUUGCUAUGCCCUCAUCUUUGUCGCCGGAGUGCUGGGCAAUCUGAUAACUUGCAUUGUGAUCUCUCGCAACAAUUUCAUGCACACCGCCACCAACUUUUAUCUGUUCAAUUUGGCCAUAUCAGAUAUAAUACUGCUGUUGUCAGGCAUACCGCAGGAACUGUACAAUUUGUGGUUUCCCGAUUCAUAUCCCUUCACCGAUGUCAUGUGCAUUAUGGGCAGCGUGCUCUCAGAAAUGGCCGCAAACACCACGGUGCUGACCAUAACAGCUUUCACCGUAGAGCGGUACAUUGCCAUCUGUCAUCCAUUCCGUCAACACACUAUGUCCAAGUUGUCGCGGGCCAUAAAAUUUAUCUUCGCCAUUUGGCUGGCUGCCUUCUUGCUCGCACUGCCACAGGCCAUGCAGUUCUCGGUGGUGUAUCAGGGCGAUGGUUACUCCUGCACGAUGGAGGACAACUUUUAUGCACAUGUGUUCGCCGUCUCGGGUUUUAUAUUCUUUGGCGGUCCCAUGACAGCCAUUUGCGUGCUCUACGUGCUCAUCGGAGUGAAGCUGAAGCGCAGCCGUUUGCUGCAAUCGUUGCCGCGACGAGCCUACGACGUGAAUCGCGGCCUGAAUGCGCAAAGCCGAGUCAUCAGAAUGUUGGUAGCUGUAGCCGUCUCCUUCUUCCUCUGUUGGGCACCCUUUCACGCCCAACGCUUGAUGGCCGUGUAUGGCCUCUCAUUGAUUAACAUUGGCAUUAAUCGGGAUGCCUUUAACGACUACUUCCGCAUACUUGAUUACACAUCCGGCGUGCUGUACUAUCUAUCCACCUGCAUCAACCCGCUGCUGUACAACAUCAUGAGUCACAAGUUUCGUGAAGCCUUUAAGAUAACGCUGACGCGCCAAUUUGGCUUGGCAGGCAAGCACCAGCAGAGUCCGCAUCAGCACAACUACAGCGCCCUUCUGCGCCAGAACGGCUCGAUGCGUCUGCAGGCGAGCAGCGUAAAUAAUAACGCGUUGGAACCCUAUGGCUCCUAUCGUGUGGUGCACUUUCGCUGCCACGAUGCCAGUCAUCAUCAGUUUUCGCUGCAGGAUAGUAUUCGCACCACGACCACAACGAUUCACAGCAAUAAUGCAGGAAGUGCUAUUGGAAAUUGUCCUGGUGGUGUUGGGGCAAGACGCACCUCUGGCACACGCGGCCGCUGUUCGUCGUUACACAAACAUGAGCUCUACGGAGCAGCUACAGCAGCGCCGCAUCGCAUGCUGCAAGCUCAAAUCUCGCAACUUUCCUCAGUUGGCGAUGCCAACUCGCUGCUCGAGUCGCAAGGGGAUUUAGGUAACUACUCUACAGGCACGCCCAACUCCUAUCGCGCCAAGCGUGCACUUCUGGCCACCCAUAAUGGUGCUUUAUUAAUUUCCGCAUCGACGCCAACGCAGGCGUCGCAGAGCCUUGAUGCCGUGGAUGCGACCGCAACGCCCACGCCUGUGCCUGGAAAGCGAUUGAAACUAUCACGCGUCAUCAGCAGACGUGAUGAGCAUGGCCACAACGACAGGCAAGUGGUCCUGGAACAUCAGCAGAAUCAGCGGCAGCAAUGCGAAGGCAGCACUGCGUCGAAGGCUCUUAAAUUUCCAUGGCGCAAAACGAGGCAAAAACCCACGCAACCAGCAACAACGAAAAACGGCAACAGCAAUGCCAAGUUGCCAGUCAAUGGAAUGGGAGAAGUUGGAGUAGGUGGUCGACUAGACUGCGGCAUCCCUAAGUCGCUGUGA